CUCUAUAUAUAUUAAAGAUAUCCUCCCUCAUAUUAUCUUGAGUUUCAUAGCUAUCUCUAUCUCUAUCUCUAUGGGUUCCUUGGCUGCUGCAAAUGCAAUCCUCGUUCUGGUGCUUUCUCUUCUCAUUAAGGAAAUUCAUGGAGAGGGAGAGCCGUACGUUCAUAUUAAUAAUGGUGACGAAACAGGUGAAAAGAUUGGAAUUGGAACCAGCAUAUGUGAUAUUUUCUCAGGGAGGUGGGUUGAAGAUGAAUCAUAUCCUCUUUAUAACACAGGAGAAGGAGAUUGUCCAUUCAUAGAGAAAGAAUUUGAUUGUCAGAAGAAUGGAAGACCUGACAAAGGCUAUCUCAAAUAUAGAUGGCAACCAACUUCUUGCAACUUAUCAAGGUUCGAUGGUCAAGAUUUCUUAUCGAGGCUUGAAGGGAAAAGCAUAAUGUUUGUAGGAGAUUCACUGAGUUUAAAUCAGUGGCAAUCACUCACAUGCUUGCUUCAUAAAGCUGUGCCACACGCUAUCUAUCAAUCACAUAGAACUGGAGGCCUCUCCACUUUCACAUUCCCAACUUUUUGCAUGCAGACGUUCAAGACUAAAGUGAUGUUCUCUCGCAACGCAUUUCUGGUUGAUAUUGUAAACACAAAGACAGGGCGAAUUCUAAAACUUAACUCCAUUCAAAGUGGGAAGCAGUGGAGGCAAAUCGAUGUCUUGAUCUUCAACACAUGGCACUGGUGGCUUCACACCGGAAGGAAACAACCAUGGGAUUUGAUUGAAGAUGGAAGUGAAACAAUCAAAGACAUGGAUCGCUUAGUAGCCUUUGAGAAAGCGUUGAACACUUGGGCUAAUUGGGUUGACACAAAUGUCGAUCAAACCAAAACCAAGGUCUUCUUUCAAGGGGUUUCCCCUGAUCAUACCAAUGGAGUUGAUUGGGGGGAAUCAAGUGCAAGUUGUGAGAAACAAACAAAACCAGUAAUGGGGUCAAAGUAUCCAGGAGGUGAACAUAAAGCAGAGAUAGUAGUGGAGAAAGUGAUAAGAAGAAUGAGAAAUCCGGUGUAUUUGCUGAACGUGACAAGAUUAUCACAGUUAAGAAAAGAUGGUCAUCCUUCCUACUAUGGCAUCGGCGGCCACAAAGUUCCUGACUGCAGCCACUGGUGCUUGGCCGGUGUUCCUGAUACUUGGAACCAGCUUCUAUAUGCUGCUUUAAUUCAAACCUAAACUAGUUAUGCAUGGUGCUCAUUGUUAAAACAAUAAUUUCAUUUUCAAGGCAACAGCUAACGAUAUUAAAAUUGGCUCUGUUGAUGUUAAUGUGUUGUCUCAGUUUCAAUGGUCAGUAUUAUAUCGUGUUA